GGAACACUAGAAAUCAUUGUAAAAUGGCACAAUUUGGUGAGUUGGUUUUGGUUUGUGGAGAUGCGGAUGUUCCUUUUAAGGAAAGUACUUUGCCCCCACAGUUUAAGAAGAUGCUUAUUCCUGGGAAGUUCAAGCAUUGCUUAAUCACGGGCGGAAUCUCAACAGCGAAUGGCGUUGAUGAGUUGAAGGCGAUUUGCGAUGAUAUAUACUAUGUUCAGGAAGCUAUUGAGGAUGAUCCAGAUGGAAAAGAUCGUAUUGAGACUACCAUUUGCGGAUACAAGAUCAAUCUGGUCAGUGGAGACUCGCUACUAGCUCAAUCGACUGAUUCGCUUCUGGAAGCAACUGCUCGUUUGUACAAGCCUGAUAUUAUGGUGUAUGGAGGCACGCACGAGCUGCGUGUUGAAAAGAAAGAUGGCGUUUUGUAUUUGAAUCCUGGCUCGCUGACUGGCGCUUUCAAUCCUUGCCAUCCAGACAAUUGCCCGAGUUUCCUGGUGCUGGGAAUGCGCGAUGACGAUGUGAUCGUGUUUACGUACCAAGUGAAAAACGAGAAGCUGGAGGUGGGAAAGAGUGUUUUUAAGAAAAACGAAUAAGUGUACAAACUACG